AGCUCUCCCAGCCUGUCAGAGAAAGAGGAGGGAGGGGACGCCGGCUUCGACUUCCGCUUCCUCUGGGCCGCCGGUGCUAUAACUCUCCUAAUGCCGCUGCACAAGUAUCCUGUUAAACUCUGGAAAACCUUGAAGCUGAGGCAAGGGAUUUACUCUCGCUUGCCUGAACACUACCUCAAAUCACUGCAAACUGAAAGGACACCCACAGCAGUCCAUUAUAAACCUCAUGGGGUCAAGUAUAAGAUAAAUCCAAAGAAUGGACAACGUGAGCUUGUCCAGGAUGUUCCCAUCCCACUCUACUUUCCCCCUGAGUCCCAGAAGGGACUCUGGGGUGGUGAGGGCUGGAUCUGUGGUUAUAGAUAUACCAACAAUGACAAGCUCUCAAGGCGCGUGAGAAAGACUUGGAAGCCCCAUCUGUAUGAACGAGAGCUUUACAGUGAGAUCUUGGACAAGAAAUUCAAAACAAUGGUGACCAUGAGAACUCUGGAUCUAAUUGAUGAAGCCUAUGGAUUUGAUUUCUAUAUCCUCAAGACUCCAAAAGAGGAUCUGUGCUCCAAGUUUGGAAUGGAUUUGAAACGAGGAAUGCUAUUGCGUCUUGCCCGGAGGGACCCUCAGCUCCACCCAGAUGAUCCAGAAAAGAGAGAAGCUAUUUAUAGCAAGUACAAGGAGUUUGUGAUCCCAGAAGAAGAGGCUGAAUGGGUUGGGCUGACAUUAGAGGAAGCAGUGGAAAAACAAAGGCUCCUGGAAGAAAAAGAUCCUGUCCCUCUGUUCAAAGUGUACGUGGAGGAACUUAUUCAGCAGCUUCAAGAGCAGGCACUCUCGCAGCCAGCCGUGAUGCAAAGGAAAGCCUAGUGG